AUGGCCAAAUACCUUCUAGUAUGCUGCUCACUUUUGUUCUUCAUCUUGAUACAUUGGGCGUUACCUGUUGGCCGUCGAGAGUGGUGGCCACCACAUGGAGCUAUUAAAGUGAAAUGUCCGUAUAAGAAAAUAAACUUGAGUUGGCUCACUGGAAACGUGAACCCCUGCCCUGAUUUACAUCAACCCAUCUGUGGCACUAAUUUUGUAACCUAUGAAAACCCCUGCAUCUUGUGUAUUGAGAGCCUUAAAUCUCGUGGGAAAAUUAGGUUUCAAAAUGAUGGAGAAUGCUAG